UAUAAAAGUGCUCUUAUUUAAUUCAUGAUUUCCAGCAAUAAAAUAUAAACCCCCGGACUUCCGAGACCACAAUGGCAUACGAUGAGCGGAAGCUGAUAAAAAAGAAAACCAAGUACGCCAACGAGGACAACUAUUUGUCCCUGGCGGAAACAUGCGAGCGGUUGGGCGAACUGUACAAGGAGCGCGAGGAACAUCAGCGGGCCCUGAACGAGUACAAACUUGCGGCCAAGGCGUACGAGAAGCUGAACCGGCGCCUGGAACGCGGUCUGGCGUUUCGCAUGAUCGGCGAGAUGUACCUGAUGCUGGGGCAGUUUAAAGAGGCUCUCCAGAACGUCCAGGCGUACAUGCGAGCGGCCCAGAACGAAGGAAAUAGGAUGGAAAUGCAACGGGCUCAUGUCACGAUCGGGCGCGUUCAUCUGCACCGCGCCGAAUGUCAAUCAUCGACCGAUGCCGAGGCGGAUCUGGUUGAGGCGGAGAAAGCCUUUCAUAAAGGUCUGGAGAUUUGCAAGGAUCUGCAAGGUAGCACGCGAAAGCACGAUCUCAUGGAAAUGGAGGCAGGAAUCUAUCUGAAUCUCGGUGUGACGCUCGACCGUCGAGGUAAACCGGAAACAGCGCAACAGCACAUGGAACGUGCGAUAAGAUUGGCUCGGGAUGCGGAUCUUUUCGAGCUACUGCACACAUGCUAUAGCACGAUGGCACUAUCGACCUCGCGUUGGGAGCGCAAAGAAGGAUCAGGGGGCCCUAACUGCGGUAAAACGUUACGCCUGCUCAACCAAGCGCUGGAGGUAGCAUCGAGAUUGAAGAACCGUGCCUCGAAGAUGUGCCAAACGCUACUACUGAAAGGCGAAUUCUUCAUCCGAAUGGGUGACUUCCAGAGUGCGCGACAAACGUUGAAGAAAGCCUACCGGUUAAAAACACCCGUUAGCUCGGAUGCAAAAGUUAUCGAAAAACAGCUGAAGGUGCUAGUUGCGAUGUGUCGCACCGAAGACGAUCUCAUUACAACCGAAGUAACCGAUUACGCACGCAGGAAAACACUGUACGAACGCAUGGGUGAUGGAUCUUGCAAGUUGCGCAACUUUGCCAAAGCCAUCGGCUACUACACUCGGAUGCUGGAGUGUGCUGAGGCAGCGGGAGAGGUCAAUCGGCAACUGAUACCAUGCUACGUAAGUCUGUACCAGACGUACACCGACAAUCGCCAGUACGAGGAAGCUCUUGACUUCCUGUGGAAAGAGUACGCCAUCAUUUCCGACGAACCUAAGGAGGCGUACCACACACUGCUGCAGAUUGCAAAGCUGUACGAGAGACAGAAAAGCCGUUCUUUCUUCGAAACCUCCGAUAUUUAUCGGAAAGCUCAACUGGAAGCGCGAAAACUUGGUUCGACCGAGCUAGAAAAGGUACCGAUACAGCGAGCAGUCAAACUGCUGCGUGCCAACUGCAUGGAUAUGAUGGCAGAAGAUCUGGAACGAGAGGCCGUCGCAGCUGGCAUUAAUCUAAGCACCGGGCCUGAACCGGACAGUGAAGAACUGCCGGAUUCCGAGGGUGAUCUACUGGCCGGUCCGGUUGGUAUUAUAGAUGAAGAGCUUCAGGAGAAUGAUCACGACACGCCCAACAUUGGCGACGAUGUGCAGCUAGAUGUCGAUCUCUCCGAUGACGCCGAUAGUGAUGGGCAAUCUGGGAAUAAGUCGUCUGUAACCAGCAACGAUCACGAUAGCACAGUCGCUGGAACGACUCCUGGUUCGAGAACACGCAAGCGUGGCACAACAUUCGCGGUACGGCGCAACAAUAAAGGCGAAACGCAGCUACAUCAGGCAGCCAUCUCAGGUAACAAGGCGUUGGCCGAACGAUUGAUUAUUCAAGGCCAUCCGGUGAAUGUACGCGAUCAUGCUGGGUGGUUGCCAUUGCAUGAAGCUUGCAUUCACGGACACACCGAAAUCGUUGAGCUGCUACUGGACCGUGGAGCACAUCUGAAUGAUAAAGGUGGAACCAGUUGUGAUGGUAUAACUCCACUGUACGAUGCAUGCAGUAAUGGUCGUUUGGACGUUGUCGAGCUAUUGCUGGAACGUGGUGCCAAUGCAACACAUCGUACUGACUUUGGUGAUACGGCUCUGAACGUGCUCGAUAAAUGGUACAGCGAACGCAAGCCAGGAUCACUUUCUUCGGAAGAGUGCGCUCAAUAUUCGCGGAUACGCGAGCUCUUGGUAACGAAAUUUGAUGCUGCAGCCAUUCAAACCUCACCUCCACCUACGGUAGACGAUUCGAUCAGGUCCAAGUCUAACAGAACAGGUCCUCGUAGCACGGCAAAAGCAACGCACGACGCUUCUGCUUCGCCAGGAGACCGUUCACUACGAUGCACCAGCUCCGGUGCAGCAUCAUCAGGAUAUGGUAGUGCGCAAUCUGCACCUUCCAAGCAUCGUAACAUGCUACCGGAUCAAGACAGUUCCGAAAGCUCGGAAGAAUCGCAGCACAGUGAUAAGGAUAAAGAUGACGAACUGGAGCGUAAACGGUCCGGCGUCAAAGAGUACCGUAGUGCAAUGCAAGCAUUACGAAAAACUUCCAACGGAACGAUCGCUGAACUACCUACAAAGUCUCGCUUAUCUCUUUCCGCCCAAAAGAAACGACUAGCGCACAUGACAAUGGAGGAAGUUGAUGCUGAUGACUGGCUAAUCGAUGAUUUGCAGCAAUCGGCCAAACGAAGCCGUGUCAGUCGCAACCUACACAACUCUUUACUGGAUGGGCAGCAACUGAGACGCUCCUCUUCCUUUGCCAGUCCGAAGCCUGCGCGUAAAGAGAGAUCGUUUGAUGAGGAACCCGCCACCGUCACAGCGAACCAAUCUCGUAUAGACGCGUUAGUCGAUUCGGAAGAUUCGGAGGACGAUCUGAUGGAUAGUGGAUGCGAAAGAGAGGCACGGCAAAGCGUUGCAGCGAAGGAUGCCGAAGACAGUGCCUUCAGUGUGCUGAUGAAUAACUCAUCGAAAAGCUUCCGAAGGAUUAAGCAACGUCGUGGCUCCGCAGAACUACGUUCGUCGCUCAGUCGCAGAUACUCCUCCGGGCAGGUAUCGCUUAUUGAUGCCGGGUUUCAACGCGUUGCAAGUCCCACUUUGGAGGAGAAAGAAAAUCAUGCUCCACCGGUAACGGUGGAGCUGGCAUCACCCGCAAAGCGCUCGUUGAGUCCCAGAUCGCAGGUGAUGGUUGCAACUAGUGAACCCAUUCCACCAACGCGUACUAUACAUGUUACGCUGGACAACGGCGUUACUGUUACUAUUAACCUCGAAGGUCGAACCACACUUGCCACUCUGACAAUCGGCUGGUUCUGUAAUGAAGUUAUGAAAUCUUACAUGAUAUUACACGGCAAACGGCCAGUCAUUAAACUGCGACCAGUGGAGAAUGGUUCGACGCUUCGAUCCUUUGCCGAUACGGAACCAUUAACUACCCUAAUUGGAACGGGUGUUUCCGACAGAUGGGUUGUUUUUGCACAAAUAUUGGACUGGGAACGGAUCAAUCUCGAUCAGUUCUAUGAUGAUUACGUGCGAGAACAUAAUCUAGCGAACGAUAAUGAUUUGCGAAAAGAGUUGCUAAUGAUGGAUCGCAAUGAGAAGAUUGCCCUGGAAGUGAAUUUUGCACGGAACGUUCCUUCGAUACCAACUGCUCCGGCGCACGUCCUUUCUAUGGUUUUUUCGGCGAUUUUCUUCCAGCAGGAUUGGCUAAACCAUUUGGAUCUCUCAUUGAAUGGUAUCACCGAUCAGGAUAUGGUCAAAUUGGUACGCUACCUACCAUCCUUUCAGCAUUUGCGUGUCCUUCGCUUAGCCAUGAAUCUGCUCACUAGCCGAACGAUAGAAAUGUUGUGUUUCAGUAGAAAGGAGCAACCAUCACAUAUGGCCACAAUGGACACGUUGAACAAUGUUCAACCAGCAUUAGGAGCGGGUCAGUUGGCGGAACUUGAUCUUAGUCACAACCCUCUCCAUGAUGCGGCUCUCGUUCCUCUCGGGACUUUGUGCAAUGCUUUGCCAAACCUUCGCGUUUUGCGCAUCCGUGCAACGCAAAUAUCUAAUUUCAUUCCUUCCGAGCAUCCCUCGAUUAACAUCGCUCGGUUAGCUUCUUUUGAUAUUUCCGAGAACAAACUAAACACUCGGUCGGUCGAGAGUCUGAUGGCGUUGCUGAGAGACGGUCAACUAAAGGAAGCUAACUUUAGCUCGAUGGCGGUACUUUGCGAUGGCUUUAAAUCCAAGCUAUGGCAAACGAUCACGGAGUAUCCGCUCGAUUCUUUACGACUGCUUAAUCUUCGAAAUUGUCGUCUAACGGAUGAGGAGCUGGAAACGUCUCUACUACCAGCGUUAGAUCGCCACUGCGAAAAGCUCAUCCAUUUAGAUCUUUCACUGAAUGUACGACUCACGAACCGCUCGUUUCUGGCGCUGCUGCGUCACUGUGCCACCGCUUCGUAUCGACUGGAACACGUACGGUUCGAUCACAAUGUGCAACUGCUAGCCAACCUGGACAUCUAUAGCUCGCGAUUAGAUGAGCUACAACAACAAAUCGAGCUGAGCUCGACCGCUCACUAUCCACAGGAAAUCUACGGUAUACUACCGACACGAGAUUACUCGACCGAUCGACAAAAACUACUUCUCGAACUACUGGAAGCUCUUUGGUGUCGCAUUUGGUCUACGAAACGAGCAUUCAUAACGACGAACGAGAGCGAUCGGUCGAUCAAGCUGUCGGUUGAUUGAAAUUAUGGUGGCUCCCGAGUGCCUUAGUAAAUACAGUACAUUUGCUGCCCCGUCAGUAU